AUGGUGAGAGGACUGACAAUGUUCAGGCCACGUAUGAAGAGUGACGAUGUGAACCGAUGUUUUUUAUCCAUCUUUUGUCUCCACAGGAAUAUUACUAAGAAAUAUUUUGACUCGAAAAGACACAUCAUUUAUUACUCCGAUCUUGAUGUCCUCGUGGAAAAAUGUGACUACCAAACGUUCACACUUCGGAAUUCAUCAAAAAGUCCAUGCAACGUGGUGCACACGCCAAUCAAGCACUAUCGGACAUGCGCAGUGGUGGGUAACGGCGGUAUACUUCUCGAAAGCGGCUGUGGUGCUGAGAUAGACGCUCACGAGUUCGUCAUCCGUCCCAACCUGCCGCCAGUACUUAAAUACCGCAGGGAUGUCGGCAGCAGGACAAACUUGACGAUUGUAAAUGGAAGGCGGUUGACAAAGCUCAGCCGAGGCCUUCAAUCUGUGUUUGGCAAGCCACUGGAAACAGCCAUGCCUUGGGUUCAGUUGUUUGACUCGCCUGGGAUGAUCUUCAGCUAUUCGCUUAUCUUUUCGAAGAAAAGACAGGAGGACAUGGGGGUAAUCAACACUGCAAUCAAGAUGUACAACAAAACGACCAUAACUGCUUUUCCGUCCACGUCUUUGGUGGACGGCAAACGGGCGUACAUAGAAAUUGCCGGACAAGAGUUUGACUACCCCUCGACGGGCCUAAACGCGUUCGCCCUGGCCUCCACAUUCUGUGAUAGGAUCUCCAUGUACGGCUUCUACCCCAUGCCUUUAUACCAAAGCAAUCGUGUUUUCUACCACUACUACGACAAGCACACGCCAAGCGAAAGUCAUGACUUUGACAGAGAGUACGCCAUGAUACGACAGCUGAAUGCCGACGGAGUUGUCAGGCAUGUCGUUGGAAAAUGCAAGCCUGACGCUCCAACAUGA